GCUGAUUGGUCGAAUCUCUCCUCCGAUUGAUCGCGUUCAUGUGACCUUUUUCCGUUUAUGCAAAACUUUGGGAUAUUUUUCUCAUGAUCUCGUGGCAAAACAACAACAGGCUAAUUCUACUCUUGAAAGUUUAACAACGACGCUGCUUAGCACGUCCAACAGUUGUAUAAAACUCCGCGGACAAGUGUUCUACGUAUGUGCUGUGUGUGAAAGUUACAAAACAAAUGAAUCACCGCUGCUGAAUAUAAUUUUGCGAAAUAAAAAGAUUUUCCUUGAUUUCGCGAUGUUGUCACGGCGAAUAUUUGCUGAUUGAAAGUCACGGUCAUGCGUAAGGGAGGUGAACACGAAGCCACUAUGUGAUCCUGGUACUUAAGUUCUGCCAUCAACAUCGAGACAGAAUUUAGAAAAGAGGAUAAAAACAAUUUUAUUUGACGACAUUCAUUUUCUAAUCUACGGCAUAUAAGACUUUCCAUUGUCUUCUUCUUCAGUCGUUAAUCAGCCAUUCAAACUUGUUCUUCGCCAGUCUUGGCGUUUUCGUUACCAUUGUCACGCGAACUUGUGCUGAACAUCCUGUUCUUAUUGUUUCAACUCUCAUAGAGACUUGCUCUUAUCUAUCGUCCAAUAAGAGAUCGGGGCAUAGACUUAGCCUAAAUAACGUAUUGCCUACUGUAUCACGAUUGAUUGCAGUUGCUAUUGUUGCUAAAUUUACUGACAGGUCAUUGACUCUCCAAACUAUUCCAGAUUCCCUACAUAAUAAUAAACUUGAACACUUUGGGUGAAAUGUAACGAAUCAUCAAGAUGUGCAGGUCGAUAUCUCAAUCGACUAAAUAAGACCAGAUAUCUAAUCAUUAUUCAUAUUCCUUUACUUCACUUAUUUUUUUAUUCGAUAAUACUCUGUACCGACAUCUAAAUACAAAUGGGGGACUCGACCUAUUCGGAUUUUCUUCUCGGCCUCGGGAGCAGCACCAUUGACGGACUUAUAAAACAGGAACCAGCGCAGGAAAUGGUGCCGUCAUCUGCUUCUGUCCCGAUACCAUGUGGGCACAGAGGUACCAGAGGUGUCUAUGACCAAUUCUCACCUUCUCCAUUAACCGCCCCAUCAGCUUGGGGGUCUAGGCCGGACCACGUGAUAUCACCCUUUAAGAUAGACCCUGAUCAGCUGGAUACGUCUUUCAAGAUGGAUGAUGACGAUAUAUUUCAAGUCGACAAGGCUGACUUGUUCCAGGGUCCCACACUUGCUGAAUUGAAUGCCAACGAUGAUACCUUACUCGGAGAUUUAAACUUUGACGAUUUACUUCUGCCCGAAGAACAAAAUCAGCCACUCAAGAUGUGCAACGAUUUGACGCAAUCUGCCACCUCCCUCUUUGGGGGUGGAUCCAAUUUUGCUCCUAGUAGUUUUCCACAAUCUGGCCCUUUGUAUCGCAAUAUUCACAACUCGCAGAACCCUUCGUCUGGCUUUCAUAUUAACGGCGGUAUUAGUCUUAUGGAGACAGCCGAGACAACCAGUCCUCCAUCAUAUCCUAGUCCAGGAACAAGCAAUGUAGCAGGCAGUUCAACGGCAAGCUCGUCAACAUCACCCCACUUAGUACCUCGGAAUUCAGCUCAGUCUACGCUUCAUGAAUUGUUGAUGCGAAAGGUUGAUAACCCGACAACUAGUCCAAUGCGAGGACAGAUAGAUCCAGUAUUGGUGAUGGGAGGGAAACCAAAAUCGUCUCGAUUAUCGAUGUCUGCACCUACCCAAACUAUGGGAUUGGAACAAAUCUGGGCUCGGAGGGAGCCCCGACAGCACCUGCUUAGCACCGGCAGUCUGGGACUCGCAGAAGCUGGCUCUACCAGCAGUCUCAGUACCGGUGGGGCACUCAGCCCAGAUCCCCUCAGCCACCUUGAUCCUUUCAGUCAUGAUGAGGGAUAUGAAGACAGUGACGACGAUAGCGACCACUAUGAUGACUACAGUUCCGACAAUGACUCUGGCGGGAGCGAUGUCGAGGAACAAGGGGGUGUCAAAGUAGCUGGUACUGGCGACGGAAACAGAGAGAGUAGGCACAGUAAGAAGGAGCGCUACUUUUGGCAAUACAAUGUGCAGGCAAAAGGCCCAAAGGGGCAGAGGCUAGUUGCUCGGGCCCGACUAGAGGAUCCGCAUGUAUUGAAUGAGGCCACAGACCCGGUAUUUAGUCCGCAUUGCGCUCUAAGAGGCAUAAAGCACAGUGGUAAAGCUCGUAAAGGUGAUGGAAACGACCUGACGCCCAAUCCCAGGAAACUCUACAGCAUUGGACGGGAGUUGGAUAAACUUGCAAGGGUUAUAAAUGACAUGACGCCUGUCUCGGAAUUACCCUUUAAUGCCCGGCCUAAAACACGCAAGGAAAAGAACAAACUCGCUUCACGUGCCUGUCGUCUAAAAAAGAAGGCUCAACACGAAGCCAACAAGAUUAAAUUACAUGGCUUGGAACAGGAGCACAGACGACUGAUUCAUGGCAUCGCUCAGAUAAAGCAAACUUUAGCUGCAAAAUUGACUGAGGCUAAUCCAGAGAAACAGGAAGAAAUGACACGACAAAUGGAAAAAGUCUGCAAAGCAGCAACUAAAGUGCGAAUUGCCAGCCAAUCAACUGAAUUCGUCAAUAAAGUGUUGGAUAAGGUCAGAGCUGGGGUGCCCGAUGGAGGAAUUGAUGAUUUUUAGUAUACAGUUGUUUUCAUUGUUGUAUGUUUCUUUCAACUAUGUACAGAGCGUGAAAGAUUUCAUGGAAUACAUGCAACAGCAAGGCUAUAUUUUUUGUUAUUAUAAAAUGACACGGUAAAUAACUAUUAAUUUAUUACUUAUCAUUAGUGUAGUAAUGUAUAUUACGUUCCCUGUAAACGUAUGUGUAUCCGAGGGCCGGAAAGAUUAGAGAGAAAGUUUAAUUCCUUUGCGGUAUCUCACUCUGAAUACCAUCAACUCUCGCUUUAACGUUCAUAAUUAUUCUUUCUCCGCAUUUUGUUGGUCAAUUUAAACAUAUUAUUGUUUUCCCAAGCAAUGGAAGAUGGUUCAGUUUACAUUCUAUGUAUUUUCGGUAACUUAAAAUAAAAUGUUUUAGUGGCUGAUAUUUAUUUGCAAGGACCUACAUCAAAUGUAAGUAAUACGGCAUUGUUGAGUUUCCAUUUGAGAAUUAAUUUAUGGGAAACAAUAUCUUGAGAGAGUGAAGAUUGUGUAAAACGUAAUGCUGAAUAGUAAAGCCAAGCGAUACGAUCCUCGGAUACAGAAAUGUAGUUGACUUGGUCUACCUCAAAAAGUAACUCUAUACCUGCUACAAUAUUUAAACGGCUAAAAAAAAAACAUUUAUCGAUUUAUACGGCGAUAUACAUAAGCAUAUACAUGUAUAC